AACAGUGGCGCUGAGACGGUUCCUCCGUGCACGCGUAUGGCGCCGGUCGAUGCGCCCGCGCAUUGUUGUGUUUGAUCAUUGAUCAAAUAGAAAUUUCCCUUCGUACAGACAACAAUGGCUGUGUUUAGAAGCGAGAUUAACGAUAUCUUUCAGUUCUUUUGAUACGAUUACUGUAGGUGAAGUUAGUUUUGCGUGAACAAUUUUCGUGUUAAUUGAAUGUGUUUGCAAAAAAAAUUAGAAAAUUUCUAUUUGAUCAGAAAGUAAUCGACCCGUGAAGUUAUACGAGUAGGUACAUAGCCUUUACAAUAAAUAGACAUUACGAUAGGUUUUUGUUUGUGUACACACGAAGUUUCUAUUUGAGCAGACAGUAGUCCCGUGGUUGCGCGGCGGGGACUAACCGCAUAUCGAUAUGUCCCGAUCAUUAUGAACGCGGUCCGCGAGUUCAGUGCAUAUGUGUUACUGUUGGCUAUUACGUGAAUUGUGCAGUUGUGGAGUUGUGCAAUUGUGCAGUUGUGCAGUUCAAGUUGGAUCAGAAUGGAAGCGUUGACCUCGGCGAUUGUAUCGUCCGGGACGUCAGCCCGCGGCGCGACCGGCGAGUGAAACAAGGAAUGCAGUGAUGGAAUUUAUAACUAAUCUUAGUACAUUGAAAUUAGUGAAAAUGAUCGUGCUUUCGAAUAUAUUCCGUGGAAGCCACACAGCGCAACAGUUACCCAGUAAGUUGGAAGAAAAGGGUGUCAAAGAGAAACAAUCUAACCUAGUGUCACAGAGUUCGCUGAGGCUGAAACAGCGGACUAAAACCCACGACAACAUAAACGAGACAAUCAGAAAUGAGAACGAGAAAACAUCGGUUAGUGACAAAAGACUUUCGAACAGUGUGGAUGCCAUAGUUACACACAAAGAUGCCAAAAGCAAAGUGAUAUGUAGUGCCAAAGGUUUAUUAGAAACAAAUUUAGAUGAUUUAUUUAACGAUGUACAGAAGACAGACGGCUGGGUGGAACCAAAGAGUUUGGGUGCUAGUGAACCGACGUUAAGCUUUAAUGAAACUGACACCAGGGCUGUUAGUAAGCGGGAAUCUCUCAUGUCAGAAAAUGAUAGUGAUGGUGAUACGGCGACUGAUAGCGAUUGUAUGGACGACGCGGCGCGCGCGCAGCGGAAGUGUAUGGGCGCGAGGCGGUUCGGCCAUAUGCUGAGAAGAGUUCUUUCUCGAAACGUGUUCCCCAAUGUGCCCGCGGCGCCCGGCAUGCCCUGCGCGGGGGAGGACCGCAGCAUCUACAGGCGCGGCGCGCGGCGGUGGCGGAAGCUCUACCGAGUUAAUGGACACAUAUUUCAAGCCAAACGCUUUAAUAGACGAGCCUUCUGUGCCUUCUGUCAAGACCGCAUCUGGGGCCUGGGGCGGCAGGGCUUCAAGUGCAUCCAGUGCAAGCUGCUCGUGCACAAGAAGUGCCACAAGCUGGUGCAGAAGCCGUGCUCCAACGAGCACGUCGACCCUAUCGAGGUCAAAGAUGACGCGAACGGAGAGAGCACACUCGGCAGAGCUUCCUCGGUCAGGUCUCGAGCGGAGCCCGAGCUGCCGCUGCCGGAGACGCCGCCGGCGCCGCCCGCGCCCGCGCGCAGCGAGGACCUGGAGCCAGGCUCGCAGCGCCAGUACUCGCUGGACGACUUCGAGCUCAUCAGGGUCAUAGGCCGCGGCUCCUACGCUAAGGUGCUAAUGGUAGAACUGAAGAGGACGAAACGCGUGUACGCAAUGAAGGUGAUAAAGAAAGCGCUGGUGACAGACGACGAGGACAUCGACUGGGUGCAGACUGAGAAGCACGUGUUCGAGACGGCGUCCAACCACCCCUUCCUGGUCGGCCUGCACUCCUGCUUCCAGACGCCCAGCAGACUGUUCUUUGUCAUCGAGUUCGUGCGCGGCGGAGACCUCAUGUUCCACAUGCAACGGCAGCGGAGAUUGCCCGAGGAGCACGCGCGGUUCUACGCGGCGGAGAUAUCUCUAGCGCUGCACUUCCUGCACGAGCGCGGGGUCAUCUACCGCGACCUGAAGCUGGACAACGUGCUGCUCGACCACGAGGGGCACAUCAAGCUCACCGACUACGGCAUGUGCAAGGAGGGUGUCCGGCCCGGAGACACGACGUCGACGUUCUGCGGCACGCCCAACUACAUCGCGCCGGAGAUCCUGCGCGGCGAGGAGUACGGUUUCUCCGUGGACUGGUGGGCGCUGGGCGUGCUCACCUACGAGAUGUUGGCUGGGAGGUCGCCCUUCGACAUCGCGCAUGCGGCCGACAACCCCGACCAGAACACUGAGGACUAUCUCUUCCAGGUGAUCCUAGAGAAGACGAUCCGUAUCCCGCGCUCGCUGUCGGUGAAGGCGGCGUCGGUGCUGAAGGGCUUCCUCAACAAGAACCCGGUGGAGCGGCUCGGCUGCAGCGAUAACGGCUUCCUAGACAUCGUCAACCAUCCCUUCUUCAAGAGCAUCGACUGGGAGAUGCUGGAGCAGAAGCAGGUGGUGCCGCCGUUCAAGCCGCGGCUGGAGGGCGAGCGCGACCUGGCCAACUUCCCGCCGGAGUUCACCGACGAGCCCGUGCAUCUCACGCCCGACAAUGAUACUGUGAUCGCUGACAUCGACCAGUCGGAGUUCGAGGGCUUCGAGUACGUGAACCCGCUGCUGAUGUCGCUGGAGGACUGCGUGUGACAGCACGCCUGCCGCCUGCACUCGCACCAUCUACACCCGCAGGCAUACGGGUACACGCCGGACUCGUCGUCCUCCGACUACGACUCGGUGUGCUCGGAGCUGCCGCGCAAGCCCACGCUGCUGCAGCACAUGUUCUGCCUGCCGCUCAACUGACGCCGACGCACACCGCGCGCCCAGCCGCACUAGCCCGCACACACACGUAGCCUAACUACACACAGCGACUCACACCGGCUCUAGUGACGUCACACGCUACACACACACACGAGUACAUGUACAGCGACUGUCGACACUGGCUCUAGUGACUACUAUUUGUUUUUGCACAAUAUGACUUAUGAGUAUUGUGCAAACUGUAUAAUUGAUAAAUUCUUGGUUUCUCAGUUAUAAUUUUUAUGUUAAUCAUUGUGCAAAUGAAUUGCACAAUAGAUAAUAUGGUUUAAAACAUAGACGAAUACGAAAACGUUUUAAUAACAUUAAAACGAAAACUUUCUCCAAAUUACCUUAAUGAUUUUAUUAUAUCUAGUAAGUGUAGAUAGAUAUUAAGUAUAUUCAAGCUCGAAUAUACUCGUAUAUACAAUUGUCGAUAGUCGCUGUACAAAUUAGCACUGCAUUUAAUUAGACCGGUCAUGUAUCGUGGACUCACUGAUAUUCAUUCAAUAAAAAAAUUACAAAUAAUUAUGUGUAAGUACCUACGUCAAAUGUUUAUUUCGAUAAUUAUUCGAAUAACUGUUGCGAAAACAAAAUGUAUGGAAAUUGUUUAAAAAAAAGCUUAUAAAUAAUUUGUAUAGGGUGCUUUAGGGGUUAUUACGAAAAUGAGGAUACUCCAGAAUUUGUGUAUAUUCACUUAUAUACAUGUACAUUGUACAUAUAUUUUUUCGGACUAUCCCCAUUUUCCGAAUGACCCCAUAUCUUUAUUGAUUCUGAUUUACAUUUACUAACAUUGAUUAGUUUUGUACGAGCUCGUUGCAUUCCAAUUCUAUUGAGUAUUAUUAAUUAAUCUAUUAUUUCGAUUUUAGAAUAAUCAUUUUCUUAAGUUAACGACCAUUUUUAUCCAUUUAUAUAGCUGUAACAAUCUAAUAGUAUAUUUAAUUUGUUUUUACAUUAUUUAUAUUAACGAUUUUUAUUGAAAGUGUAGUAUGUACAUGUGCUUAAUAAUUAUGUAUAUUAACAAAAGGAAUCCGGUAUAUCUUCCAUGGAAACUAGAGGGAAUUAGUGGAAUUGAUGUGGCUGGUUCGCUAUCUAUGUCGUUUGCGUGCGUCUAUAUAACUACAAUACUAACGAGUGCAGAAAACGGAAAAUAAUAUUCGUUUGUAAACUAUAUUCGACCUUAGUGGGUAUAUAAAUAAAGCAUAUUUUCAAACUAUAUAUAUAUUUCUAAAAAACGAUUAUUCGACUUGGAAAAUCAAUUUUCCAGGUAUAUUAUAUGAUGAUAGAAUCAUUAAUGAUUCGACGCUUCUAAUGUACAUAAUAAAACUAUAUAAUGUACUAUACGAAGGAAUAUUGUAUAAAUAUAUACGUUUUGAAUUAUCGAGUAGAAUUUAGACACUUUCUAAAAGAAAGCUGAUAUCGUUAAAUAUGUGAUGCGUCACAAUAAAUUAAUAUUUAAAAAAAAAACAUUUAUUUUUUGUUUAAUUUCCAUUAUCAGUCGAAAUACCAAGGAACUUUGCCUUUGUGCCAACUGCCAUAAUUAAUUAAGAGAAUUCUAAAAGUUAACAAAACGUAUUAUAAAAUUAUGUUAAAAUUCGCGGACAAAAUAUAAUUGUGAAUUAAAAUUCGACGCAUCAUACUACGUGCAAAAUUAUUAUUAGCUAAUAAUGCCUUUCAUGAAAAUUAUUAUUAUAAUAAAUGAAAAAAAAACCUGUAAAAAUUCUCUAAAUAAUAAAUUUUUGAUGGUACGAAUAUACUACUAUUAAGGUGAAUAAAUCGAAUGAAAAUCUAUAACAAAGAUUUUAACGAAUAUUGGGGGUAUAUAUAGAAAAGAUUGUUUUCGAGCAAUAAAUUAUAUUGUAGUAGUUAUAUAUUUGGAGACAGGAAACUGCUCAAAACAAAGCACGUAAGGAAUUAAAUGUAGUGAAAAAAUUAUGCCCUACGCCCUUCCUUCGUAUAACAUUCAAAACGUAACCGCGCAUAAAACAUCUUUGCUAUAGUCUAGCAAGUUCUUUGAUGACACUCCCAUGAUAUGCGGGCGACGGGGGGAAAACUGCGUGGUGUGAAACCGUGCGUGCGCGGAAGUGAGGUGCGUCAGUCGUGGGGUUUUCAUUUAUCGCUACACGCCCCCCAGCCCGCACGGAUCAUCGAGAGUGUAACGAACGAAGUUGCCAAGCUAUAGAUACACUUUUGGAAGUCGGUUUGGCUUUUGAUGGUUUCAAUUUGGUGAUGGUAGAUCUCAGACUAAUUACAUAAGGACCUGCCUCGCUAAACGUUACUUUUCAAAGUAGGUAUAUGAUCGACGAUCUAAUGCGUUUAUAAAAUCUGUCUCUAUGUUAAAGAGCGUUAAAGAGCAAAAACUAAUCUCGAACACACAAUAUUUGUCACAACUUAAUUAACAAACUAAACUGUAACCAAAUUAUGACCCUACAAUGGAAGAGAAUGACCUAGAGUGGAGAACGUUGUGUGUAGGGAUUCGGACGUCCUUUUCGUUUUUUUACGGUUAACGAACACUCCCCUUUUCCCAUAAAGAAUUACACAAGAAGAAAAAUGUGGACGGCUCGAACGUCACGAGUGUACUGAAGUCGACAGUAAGACGAGCGCCUUAUAUCACAAGUCGUUCCCGCCAACCGAUCGGUACCCCUCUCUAACUCCCCACUCUUUACGGAAACAAGUCGCGCCACCUGAUGUCAUAUCCGUCUCUAGACUACUAUUUCCUACACUAGUUUUAUUGCUCGGUUACGUUUAACUUGUUAUAUAGAAAGAGGGCCACUAUGGAGCACGUAGUGAACCGAAUAGAUUUCCCUAGAAGACUAGUUAUAAGCUAGACGCGUAGCUUGAUUGGAUCGGAUCGUGAAGGAGUUUGUAUAGAAAAUGAAUGAAACGUGUUUAGUACCAUGGUUAACUUAUCUACUGUAUAGUUAAUACUCGUAGAGUAAUCCAAGAUGGCGAAACUAUUUGCCUCCCGCUCUGACAUUAUAUUGUGCGAAAAGGAGGCUAAAAUUAUCACGUGAUUUUGACUUGUUUUAUUUAUCAAAGACGUUUAUUGUUUACAAUAGAUAGACUGUACAUUCGCAAAAUGUUUACUGGAAACUGUUAAUAAUUUUAUUUUGAUGUUGGUAAAGGUUAUACCGAGAAAUGGUUAGUAAUUUUGUAAAGAGUUGAACGAAAGCUAAUUAAGGUAAAAAUAUUGACAAAGUAGGAUACUAUAAAUUCAAUAUAAAGGAUUCCUAAAAAAAUGUUUUUAUAUGGCACGUUUCAUCCUUAUGCUAUUUGUAAAUUGUAGAGUACUUAGCGGCAUGGAACUACGUUGAAAUUUAUUUUUAAUAGCGUUCCAAGAGAUUUUCCACCAAAUAUUGAAAUGCAUAAAUCAAACACAAUGCGAAGACUUCAUAGUAGAAUUUUGAAGUGGCAUUCCCAUAUUCGGUCGUAAAAUAUAUAAGUAUUAUACGCUAUCACGUUGUUAAACUUCCUGUUAUGAAAGGAUAUUCCUCUUGUAUAAUGUAAAAUAUAUUCCACUCCCUAAUUGUAGACCCUUCUUCUUUCGAAGCUAAUAAAAAAAAUCACUCGAUUAGGUAGCCAACGAAUUUUAUAAAAUUAACGUUUAAAUAAUAAAGAAUAUAUAAUGAUAAUUGAGCACUGAAACAAAUUUAAAUCGUGUAUAUUGAAAUAACAAAAAAAAAAAUUGUAAAAUCGAUCAUCGAUCGAUAAAUUAUAAAUACAACAAAUUAUUGUUAAUGUAGAUGAAAAAGACUUUAUAAUACGGACAAUUUGGGUCACUUUGGUGGUGUAAUUAAAAUGGGAUUUAUUUAUUAAUUAUUGAAGAUAUAUAACAAAGGUUUUGAAGUUAAAAUCAUUUGUUACUAUACUGCUGAAUAAAUAUAUUAUAACCUACAGAUGAUCCCUAAAUUGAUUUCAUGAGUUGGCCAUCAAAGUGACAAAAUUUGUCGGUAAUAUUUAAUUGUAUUGUAUAUCGGAUAAUUGGCGGCGGCUGAGCGUCCAAAACUAUUCUAAAUAGUGCGUAGAGACUAAAUAUCUAUUAGACAUUUUGCACCGAUAUUAGGUAUAUUUCACACGCGCGUCGAUUCUUUCCGCUCGAUAUUAUAUCGUAUAAUAUUUACCGACGUGUUGGACGCUACUGUACGCUGUGUGUUGUUACACCCAUUCAGCCUUAUUUAUGAACAAGGAUCAGGAUUUGUGACCUAAAUUUCUUCAAAGUAAAGUGGACUUUAAACAGUAGUGAUUAGGUCCACUUUACUUUGAAGCAAAUUGAGGAUUAUAUGUUAAUGUAUGUUUAUGAAUACAGUCUAAAAGAGUGACUCAGAUUUGGAAGGGGUGUUUGAUAUAUCUGUAAAUUUAAGAUUUUUUAUUCGCAACUGCAGGACAACAUAACAAAUAUCUAAGUAUAUAUAUCCGAACUUCUAACACAACAAUCUGAUAUAACUAGUUUAUGAUUUUAAGAAGUACUUUUGUUAAUUUCUUUAAACAAUUAACAAGCUAUUAGUUCAAAUCAUUUAUUAAUUGGUUAUUAUUUCUCUUAAAACUAAAUGUUGUAACAAUGUAACUACAUAUUUUCAAAUUAACAUACUUAUAUAUGUACUAAGAAUGUGAUUUUUAUAUAUUUAGAACAGUUUGGAUCUUAACAAAAUCUACGCUGUAUUCAACACCCCUUUGAAAUUGUCCACACUCUCUUAGACUAAAGUAUACUUAUUUUGCUGUUGCUAAACGAUUCAUAUGUUUUGAUCAGGCCAUUUUUACGCUGUGACGUGAAAAUUGCUGUAAUGAGACAUCUGUCAAAUUUGACGGAUCUCAAUGUUGAGUUUGAGUUUUUAUUUUGCGUGGUUGCGUUGCGUCGAGGCCUGCGUGUAGAAUCUUUGUAUAAUUUCUUUAUUUAAAACUUAAGUAUUUAAUUAGUAUUUUGAUACUUUAGAUAUUAAUUUAAUUGUUUAGUUUUUUAAGUAAUAUUAUUAUUAAUCAUUCCAUUGUAUUUGAAUGCACUCUUGCAUUCUUUUUUAUUUUCUAUGUAUUUGAAUGCAUUAUUGCAUUAUUGUAUUUUCUAUGCGACAUCACAAUGUGCUAAGUAAAAUGUAUGAGUAAGCUAUAUGCGAAUAUUAUUUUUUUAAUAAUUUUAGUCAUUGUAGUGUACAUUUUUUGAUCCAAUUAUGUAAAAAACUUAUUGUUUCCAUCAUAGUAGGUAAUAUAAAGUUAAUUACUAACUGCAUGACAAAUGACAUUAAAGAUUGUAAUAGAUUUAUGUUUAGGCCGAGUUCAGAUGGUAGAAAACUGACGCGCGUUGGUUGUGCGACGCGUAUCUGUCAAAGUUAUUGGAAAUCGAAGGACACCAUUAUGUCUUUCGUUACCUUCAUUUACUUACGUCAGAUUUUUCAAAAAAAAAAACGUGACUAAAUUACCUAUCAAUUUAGGUUAAAUAUCAGAUAUUAACAAACAUAGGCGAACAUCUAUUCUAUUGCAUGCUGUGUAUGAUAAUGACUUGUAAUUGACGACAUUACAAGCGCGCGUCAAAAUAUUGCUAUCUGAACAUAGCCUUAUAGUUUCACAAAUCAAUGUGUAUUUAUGUACUUUAAUGUGAACAAAAUGUCGUAUUUAAGUUUAAUUUAGUUGAUUGUUCGCAAGGUUGGUCGAUAUAAAGGUCGAUACACACUUAUAAAUGUCGUAACUUUAUUUAGGUGUCGUAUUUUAAUUUUAUUUGUAUGCGUAUUGUAAAACACCAAUAUAAUAUUGUAAACUUGUUAAGAGUUCUCUGUGAAAUGCUUGGUGCGUGGAUGUACGACGUAUUGUCAAAUUAGACUGGGGAACUUGAGGUACUGUACUAUUCUAUGCUUAACUGAAAAUAAAGAAUGAUUAAUCUGA